ACAUAAACAAUCGUAGUGCGUGUCGGAUUUUGGUAAUCUGGAGAAGGGGUUUCAUCAGUCUUUUUGAAUUUCCCACAAUUAAAUUCGCGUGUGUUCAGUCAAAUUCAAAAAUGUUGCUCAGAAACAUAGAACUAGAGAAAGCUGAGUGCAUGUUCGUGAACUGGUACGAGCAGUUAAAGAAAAAUACGAUAAAAUCAUACGUUAUACCGAUUCCGGACGAUGUCCUCGCGUACCUUCGGCAGGACUUAGUGAUCCUGCCCAAAGAGUGUUCCCAGCUGCAUUCGUCCGAAGAUACCAAAACCAAGCAUUUCAAUUCGUACGAUGACCAAUUCAGCGAUGAUGAUGAAGCCGAAGAUGAAGAUCUGCCAGAGUUUCCAGAAUUCAGUAAGAAGUUAGCCGAUGCCAUCGAAAAGCUGGGAGGAUCGGCAUUCGUAAAAAGUGACUGGCACUGUCCCAAGGAUGCCCAGUGGAUCACGCUGGGACAGUCGCUUUGCGUGAAAGACAUCACGGACGUGUACCAGCUGCUGAAGGCGUCCAGCUUUUGCAAGGAAGAUUUUGGUGAAAGGUCGCCCGCCAAUACCAGUGGAUAUCACAUCAUUCUGAAGAAAUGGCGCGAUAUUCAUCCGGGAUCGGAGUUCCGGUGCUUCGUGAAGAACAAAUCGCUAGUCGCCAUUUCACCGAGGCAUUGGCCGUCGUACCAUGAGCACAUUGCGACGGAACGAAGCGACAUCGUCAGUGAUAUCGUUUCUCUGUACAAGGAGAAGAUCAAGGAGAGCUUUCCGUUGAAAGAUUAUGUCUUCGACGUGUACCGUCCGACAAAGGAUCAGGUCGUUGUGUUAGACUUUUUCCUCUACGGAAAGGGCCAUUCUGAUAGUCUAGCCUUUGACUACGAUCAGCUCGAUACGGAAGCGGCAACGGCUACCAUCGAAGAGGAGGACGAUCCCGAGUUCCGAUACCUUCCGGAAGACUGUGGCAUUCAACCCAACAGGAGAAACAACUAUGGCUUCCCGCAGGACGUAAUCGACAUGUUUCAGGUCACAACGGACAGGCCAUCCACCUCGUCCUCAUCUGGGGCUAAUGGCGAAAGCGACAGCAGUAAUCUCAUCAACCGAUUGAUGGAAGAGUGGCAAGUGCAGUCCAAGGAGGACGACAGCGACGAAAAUAAUCAGCAACAGUGAAUUUGGAAAGUUUAAUAAAUAAGAACAUGCAAAACACGA